CUGAAGCAUGAUUUUGGUUUUACAUCUGAUAUCUUCGGUAAACGUGGACACAGGACACCGGGCUGCUCGUCCGCUUUCUCCACGGCUAAGCAAGAAGAGACGAGGUGCGGUUGUAGCUCACCCACGGCCCGGCAUGUCUGUGUCCCAAAAUAAAGCGCGGCGUCCUCCUCGUGACUGUCCACCGGGUUCAACAGGGCAUAUCGAUGCAUUGUACAUAUGCCAGGUAACCAGAGGAUUUACCGGGACCGGACCGAGGAGUACCGCAGACAGCAACAGCUAUCGGGAAUCAUAGUAACGAGC